CUCACGUCGCCACCUAGCUAACUUUGUCUGCUUAUUCUUUGUUUCAAAACGAUUCCUUUUUUUUGUGAAAGAAGUAAAAUGGUGGGAGAAUGUGAUCAGAAGAUGGUACUCAUCUCUUCUUCCACUACUAAUCAAAUAUGGCCACAGAUAGAUGAGAAAAAUAACUUGAUGAUGGAUUCAAAUGGUACUAAUGCUACUAGUAAUAAUAUGGAGAAACCAAUUCAAGAUCCGUCACAACAACCACCACCACCACAUCUUAAAUGUCCUCGUUGCGAUUCGUCGAAUACGAAGUUUUGUUACUACAACAAUUAUAGUUUGUCUCAGCCAAGACACUUUUGUAAGGCAUGUAAAAGGUAUUGGACUAGAGGAGGAACAUUAAGGAAUGUACCUGUUGGAGGUGGAUGUAGGAAGAACAAGAGAAUCAAGAGACCAUCAGUUAAUUCUUCUUCUUCUACUACUACUACUAGUCAUGAUAUAAUUACUACUUCAACUCCAAAUAUUGUAAACCCUAGCCACCAUCAUCAACUUCAUGGAGUACAUCAUAAUAAUAAUAUUGACCAUCUAUCUACUACAAAUUCACCAAAUCAUCUUAACCCUUUAUUUUAUGGGUUGACUAGUGAGAGGUCUGAUCUCAACAUUCCAUUUUCAAGGCUUUUUAAUUCUAGGGUUUCGAGUCAUGGUGGAGGAGUCGAUGAGGGACAAGUGUAUUCUAUAACAGACAGUAUCCCGGGAUUAAUGGAUCGUCGUAUGGGGCUAGGGUUUUCAAAUUCUUCUGGAGGAGUAGUCAAUAUGGGUCAUGAGAAUAAUAAUAAUUAUGGGCAUGGUGGGUUAUAUCCUAUUAAGCAAAUCCAAGAUGUUCAUGUCAUGAGUACUAGUAAUUCUACAACUUCAACUACUUCACUUCUUUCAAGCUACCCUAAUAUGUUUGGAUCUUCAUCAUCAACAUCAACUAUGGCUUCUCUUAUAGCUUCAAGCCUUCAACAACAAAAGUUCAUGUCCAAUAUUAAUGGUAACAAUUUUCACAACUUGUUGACUCCUAAUUAUGAGGAAUUGCAAAUGUCAAGGGGGAACAACAACAACAACAACAAUACUAUUAAUAAUGUUCAUGAAGGUGGUGGAAAUGGGAACACAAUGUUGAAAGAAGAGAAAAUGGAUCUAUCAAAUCAUCAGAUUCAUGAACAAAUUAUUAAUUCAUCUGAUCCUUCACUUUCUUGGAAUGGUGCUUGGCUUGAUCCUUCAAAUAUGGGGUCUAAUUCAGUCCCUUCUCUCAUCUAGGACAAGUACAUUUAAUUUGUCUUUUUUUCCUUCUUGAUCUCCCUCUCAUUUUUAUUAACAUGUGUCUUUCCUAGCUAGGUAGGUACUUUUUCGUCUAUGUUGCUCGGAUCCUCCAAGAAUGUUGUUGUACUCGUAUCAUAUACACAUAUCCAAUAGUAUUUUUGAAGGAUCCGAACAACAUACCUUCUUUUUUCUCCCUUCUACUAAAAUAUUGUCAAGACUAUAGAAGAAGAAGAAGAAACAACAUGACUUCAUAUUUAUGGGAGGAGUUGGAUCGGAGUGAUCAUGUCAGCUGCAAGUAAAUUUUCAGCCCUACUAAAUUUUUACAGUCAAAAGGUUGAAAAAGUCUCUCAUUUUGCGCUGAGAGGAACCUCGGAUCCUAUUCAUCCCAUCACAAUAUCAAGUUAGCUUUAUCAUGAAGAGUACAUCAUUCAGAGUUGAAGAAGAAGCUGCUUUCUAGUUCCAGUGAGUUAAUUAGUUUUAAUUUUAAUUUUAAUCUUAUUUUGUAUGUAUAUAGAUGCAUGACAUUGCAAUUUUAAUUUCUUGAUGUAUUUUUCAGAAUGUGUAUUAGGUUUUGGGUGGGGGUUACAAUGUUGGAGUCCUCAUAUAAGAGGAAUUAACCAACAAUGAUAACUUUUUUUCAUUUGAGUUUUUUUUUUUUUUCUGUAGUAAAUUUUUUCCUCCUUGUAGCUUAGGGGAAAAUGGUUGGGUAUAUUUGGGUAUAGAAGAGAGGGAGACUUUGUUGUUUUAAUAUGAUUAUCAUUUUAUUAAGUUGGUUAUGCCAUUUUCUUGUUUA